AUGAGGAAGAGCUCCUCCCCUUCCUUGAGUAACUGCAACUCCGUUCUUGCUAACAAAAUAUUUGGAAUUCCACUUGAUGAGCUGCAGCAGGGAGGACAUCCAGACAAUGAGGUUCCAUUCAUAGUCCGCCACGUUGUGGACUAUAUUGAGGAACAUGGAGGUCUGGAGCAACAAGGACUUUUCCAAGUCAAUGGAAAUGCCGAGACAGUGGAGUGGCUUCGGCAGAGAUACGACAACGGAGAAGAGGUGGAUUUGGUUAAGGAAGCAGAUGUUCCCUCAGCUAUUAGUCUUCUUAGAUUUUUCCUUCAAGAACUUCCUGAACCUGUUAUCCCUGGCAGUUUGCAUAGUCACUUGAUGCAGCUUUCUCAAGAUUAUAAUAAUGAAGAUGAAUUUGGAAGAAAGUUGAGGUUCCUCUUGCAACAGCUUCCACCUGUUAAUUACAGUUUGUUAAAGUUUUUGUGUAGAUUUUUAGCCAAUGUAGCAUCACAUCAUGAAGAAAUUUGGUCUGCAAAUUCUUUGGCUGCUGUUUUUGGUCCAGAUGUCUUCCACAUUUACACAGAUGUGGAAGAUAUGAAAGAGCAAGAAAUAGUAAGCAGGAUAAUGGCUGGACUUCUGGAAAAUUACUAUGAGUUUUUUGAGAAUGAAGAGGAAGAUUUUUCAUCCAAUGAUUUGAGUUCAAUUACUGAACAGGUUAAUGAACUUUCAGAGGAAGAAGAAGAAGAUGAAAAGCUGGAACAUAUAGAAGAACUUCCAGAAGAGGGUGCAGAAAAAUCAGAUGAUAUGCCAGAGGUGGUCCAAUUAAGAAUGACUGAAAACAUCCUAGAACCAAAUAGUGUUACAGCAUCAACAAGGUGACAUUUCAGUGCCCGUAAAUCUCCCAUAAGCAUUUUACCAGUUUCUGUAGAUGUUUUAGAAAGAACAAUUAGAGCAGCUGUGGAACAGCACCUUUUUGAUCUGCAGAGCAGCCUAGAUCAUGAUCUUAAGAAUUUACAACAGCAAAGUCUUGAGUGCAAUAAUGAAGCAGAAAGUAUUAAUUGUGAUGGGAAAGGAUCUAAUAACCAGGUUGAUAUUGCUGAAGAUAUUAUUAACGACAGUGAAAAUAACAGAGACUGUUCAGAACCUGUGGUGAGCACUAAUUUAGACAAUGAAGUUAUGCAGCAAGAUUUUGUAUUUGAGGAUGAAGAAAAUAACCAGUCUGUAGGUAUACUCUUAGAGCCAUGCAGUGACCAGGGUCAGAGUGAAGACAGCUGUUUGGGAAGGAAAGAAUGUCUGUCAUUUGACAGUGAUACAUUGUCACAUUUAAUUCUGGAGUCUAGUAACAAGAUGUGUGAUUUGAAUGCCAACACUGAAUCAGAAGUGCCAGGAGAUCAGAGUGUUGGUGUUCAAGGGGAAGCAGCAUGUGUCCAAAUACCACAUUUAGAUCUGAAGAAUGUUUCUGAUGGUGAUAAAUGGGAAGAUCCAUUUCCUGCUUUUAAGUCUUGGCAGGAAGAUUCUGAGUCUGGAGAGGCUCAGCUCUCGCCACAAGCUGGAAGAAUGAAUCAUCAUCCUUUGGAAGAGGACUGUCCUCCAGUAUUAUCACACCGUAGUUUAGAUUUUGGGCAAAGCCAACGUUUCCUUCUUGAUCCAGAAACAAUGGAUUCCUCAUCCAAAGCACUUUCUUUUGCUAGAAUUCGAAGAUCAUCAUUUAGUUCAAAAGAGGAGAAAAGAGAAGAUAGGACACCGUAUCAGUUGGUCAAGAAACUUCAGAAAAAAAUAAAACAAUUUGAGGAACAGUUUGAAAGGGAAAGAAACAGCAAGCCCUCCUACAGUGAUAUUGCAGCCAAUCCAAAAGUAUUAAAAUGGAUGACAGAGCUCACCAAAUUGCGAAAACAAAUUAAAGAUGCAAAACAUAAAAGCUCUGAUGGAGAAUUUGUACCUCAGACACGUCCACGUAGUAACACUCUUCCAAAAAGCUUUGGCUCUUCACUUGAUAAUGAAGAUGAAGAAAAUGAAGAUGACUCUAGGGUCGUCCAGAAAGAGAAGAAGCCAUCUAAGGAGGCAACACUUGAACUUAUUCUGAAAAGACUGAAAGAAAAACGUGUUGAGAGGUGUCUUCCAGAAGAUAUCAAAAAAAUGACAAAAGACCAUUUGGUAGAAGAGAAAACUUCCCUCCAGAAAAGUCUUCUAUAUUAUGAAAGUCAACAUGGAAGGCCGGUCACUAGGGAAGAAAGGCACAUUGUCAAGCCUCUCUAUGAUAGAUACAGACUUGUCAAACAAAUGCUGACGAGAGCUAGCAUCACUCCUAUCCUUGGAUCUCCAUCCAGCAAGCGAAGGGGGCAGAUGUUACAGCCAAUCAUAGAAGGAGAAACUGCACAUUUCUUUGAAGAAAUCAAGGAAGAAGAAGAAGACGGUGUUAGUCUGUCAUCUGAGCUAAGUGAUAUCUUGAAAACUGCUGUACAGGCACAGUCUUUUUCAAGUUCGUUGGAAAAUUCAGAAUCUGAUGUUGAAGAAAAUCAAGAAAAACUGGUUCUGGAUCUUCGAUUGUCAAGUUCUCGAGCAGCUUCUAUGCCUGAAUUAUUAGAGCAACUUUGGAAAGCCAGAGCUGAGAAAAAGAAACUACGUAAAACAUUACGAGAAUUUGAAGAAGCAUUUUAUAAACAAAAUGGAAGGAAUGCCCAAAAAGAGGAUCGUGUUCCUGUGCUUGAGGAGUACAAAGAGUACAAGAAAAUCAAAGCCAAACUUAGGCUUCUUGAGGUUCUUAUCAGCAAACAAGAUUCUUCAAAAUCCAUAUAA